AAAAGCCACCUUCAUCAUGUCCUUUGCUCAAACACUCAACAAUACGUUAUUCAAGCGUAAUAGUACAUACGUCGCAACCAUUUUCGUUGGUACAUUUGCAUUCGGUGUUGGAUUCGACGUCUUGACAACUUCAAUCUGGGACAAACACAAUGCAGGAAAACAAUGGCCAGAACUCCGUGCUAAGAUACUUGCAAAGGGAGAGUCUGACGAUGAAUAGAUUUGUAAUAAGAA